AUGCUGCAGAGCCCGCCGCGCCCCCGGCCCGGCCCGCCGCCCUCCAAGACCUCCUUCCACAUCGAAGCCCUCCUCGCCCGGGACCCGCCGCGCCGCAGCCCCGCCGCCUCCAUCCCAUCCAUCCCGUCCAUCACCUCCAUCCCGUCCAUCCCGCCGCCCCCGCGCUGGCCCGCGGCGGGACCCGCUCCGGGAGCGGGAGCGGGAGCAGGAGCCGGCCCGGGAGCGGGGCUGGGGCCGCUGCCCGGCGGGGCAGGGACAUCCCUGCUUUUUUUGGUGCUAUUUUCUCCCGGCUCUUGUGAUGAAAACCCCUUCAAUUUUCGCUGCUUUCUCGCAGGUCUGGAGUUGUCUCACUGUGUCGGGACCAACUCUCUGGGUCCUGUUGGGCCUUGGAGGUCGGGGGGGCCCUGCAAGAUGAAGAGGGUCCGCACUGUCUUCAAACCAGAGCAGCUGGAGCGGCUGGAGCAGGAAUUCCUCAAGCAGCAGUACAUGGUGGGCACGGAGCGAGUGGACCUGGCUGCGACUCUGCACCUCACGGAGACUCAGGUGAAAGUGUGGUUCCAGAACCGGAGGAUCAAGUGGAGGAAGCAGAGCAUGGAGCAGAAGGCGGCAAAGCUGUCCCAGUUUGGGGUGAUCCAGCCCGCGACCGCCGACUCCACGGACAUCAAGGACCACGAGGAGGACACCGUGGACGUGGAGCUUUGAGCAGCUGAGACUGAGCUGCCACUGCUGCUUUUUGAUGCCUGGGGAC